AUGCCGGAGAUCGGCUCGACGGGUGUGGCCUUCACAAAGGUUGCACGCGAGUGGCGCUGCAAGUACGCCAUGGGCGCAGACGGCGGCCCGGGCGAAUCGGCGGCGCUGAAGGCCGCACAGGCGCUCCUGGAAGCGUAUCUCCCUACGCUCAAGGCGCUUCCCAACGCCGAAGUGACCCGCGUGGUGUGCGGCGGCUGCGGCGACUUCAAGGUCAUCGUCAACCAGCCCGCGGAUGACCACGGAGCUUGGAAGGAAGACGAGUUCAAGCCCGAGGCGGAGUUCCUCGCGAAGCUUGGGGCGAUCGACGGCUGCACGCGCGUUGAGGCGCAGGAGUUCACCAUGGAGAUGCUCUGA